AUGAACGUUCUCAAGCUCCAGAGGAAGUAUCCUCAGUUCCCCCAAAACGAAAUCUACGGCCUGAGCGACGCUUUCCGCAAGCUCGACAUUGACGACAAGGGCUACGUUGACGAGGCUACUGCCAUCAAAGCUACCCAACAGAGCGAGCGCCAGCCAUACGAUGUCGUCAGACAGGCCUUGAAAGAGGUUGACCUCGACUCGUCUCGCCGUGUCGAGCUCGAGGACUACGUCGCCCUGAUUGCCAAGCUUCGCGAGUCUUCUCCUGCCCAAAAACGCAUGUCAACAGGUCCUACUGCGCCCGCUGGCAUUGUCGCGCAAGCAACCGGUGGUCAUGCCAAAAAGGCCAGCAUUGGCAAGAUUCACGUUCAGGGCUCAAACGCCAACGUCACCCACACCAUCAACGAAGAUGAGCGAACCGAAUUCACCCGCCACAUCAACGCCGUUCUGGCCGGCGACCCAGAUAUUGGCAACCGCCUACCUUUUCCCACUGACACCUUUGAGAUGUUCGACGAGUGCAAGGAUGGUCUGGUGCUCGCCAAGCUCAUCAACGACAGUGUCCCUGACACCAUCGACGAGCGUGUCCUGAACCGCCCCAAGAAGGCAAAGAACCUCAACGCCUUCCAAAUGACGGAGAACAACAACAUCGUCAUUGAGUCCUCCAAGGGUAUCGGUCUGUCCGUUGUCAACAUUGGCAGUGGUGAUAUUAUCGAAGGCCGAGAGCAUCUGAUUCUUGGUCUGAUCUGGCAGAUCAUCCGUCGUGGCCUGCUGAGCAAGAUUGACAUCAAGCUUCACCCUGAGCUGUACCGCUUGCUCGAGGAGGACGAGACUUUGGAGCAGUUCCUGCGCCUUCCCCCUGAGCAGAUUCUUCUGAGAUGGUUCAACUACCACUUGAAGGCGGCCAACUGGCCUCGCAGGGUCAACAACUUUUCGACCGAUAUCAAGGACGGCGAGAACUACACGGUGCUCUUGGCACAAAUCGGCUCCGAGUACGGCGCGACGAGAGACCCUCUCCAGACACGCGAUCUUUUGCAGCGAGCCGAAGAGAUUCUGCAAACGGCCGACAGGAUGGGUUGCCGCAAGUUCCUUACGCCAACCUCUUUGGUUGCCGGCAACCCUAAACUGAACCUGGCUUUCGUUGCCAACCUCUUCAACAAUCACCCCGCGCUCGACCCCAUCACCGAGGAGGAGAAGCUGGAGGUUGAGGACUUUGACGCCGAAGGUGAGAGGGAAGCUCGCGUUUUCACUCUUUGGCUCAACAGCUUGGACGUGCAGCCCGCGGUUCAGUCCUUCUUCGACGACUUGCGCGAUGGCACUGUACUUCUGCAAGCGUACGACAAGGUCAUCAAGGGAUCUGUCAACUGGCGUCAUGUCAACAAGCCUCCGGCUCACGGUGGAGAGAUGUUGCGCUUCAAGGCUGUUGAGAACACCAACUACGCCAUUGAGCUGGGCAAGCAGAACCGCUUCUCGCUUGUCGGCAUUCAGGGUGCGGAUAUCACUGACGGCCAGCGCACCUUGACGCUCGGCUUGGUUUGGCAGCUGAUGCGCAAGGACAUCACUGUCACUCUAUCCACAUUGGCACAGCGUCUUGGAAAGCGUGAAAUUACAGACUCGGAGAUGGUCAGAUGGGCCAACGACAUGGCCCGCAAGGGCGGCAAAUCCUCGAGCAUCCGUUCCUUCAAGGACCCCGCCAUCGGCACCGGUGUCUUCCUGUUGGAUGUGCUCAACGGUAUGAAGAGCAGCUACGUUGACUACGAUCUCGUCACCCCUGGCCACACGGACGACGACGCCUACCUCAACGCCAAGCUCAGCAUCAGUAUCGCGAGAAAGAUGGGAGCGACCAUCUGGCUGGUGCCCGAGGAUAUUUGCCAGGUCCGCAGCCGUCUGGUGACUACUUUCAUCGGCUCCCUGAUGGCCACUGCGGAGAAGCAGGGGCUGUAA